AUGUGCAGAGCCUAUGGAUACGUAUACCAGUACAACAAAAACAUCCACCACGACAAUAAUUAUAUUACCACGUACUUCCGGCAAAUUGAUGCACGAAGGAGGAAGAGGCGCCAGAGGCAUCUGCUCCCACUGCGGAGAGGGGAGUACGUGAACUUUGUCUUCCCCUUUAAAAUGAAACUGCAGGGAGAAGAAAGAGAAACAGCUGCAAGGACGCUGUACACCUGCCUGCCAUUCAUUGCCAUCUUUAUUAUUGUUUUUGGCCUUUCGCAAACACUUGGAAGAAUAUUGGCCAUUAUAAACAAGGCGGCGUAUGUGACGUACACCUUUUCAAGCCAGCACAAGAUUGAUUUUGUGAUCGAAGGGACAGGAUUCUUUCCUAAAGUCCUUCGCAACACAAUAGGCAGGCUAAAUUCAAGCUCGGUUUUGGAGCACAACGUUGACAAUUCAAUGUGUGUUCCAAAGCCGCAUUUAUUGACGGCAGCUCAGUACUGGGUGCUGGGCUUUAAAAUUGCCUUAAUCCUGCUGACACCAGUCCUGCAAGCGUACAUGAAUAGGCUUCCCAGGGCCAUUGCCGCCUUCUUUUUUCCAAAGAGAGAGAAGGUGAGGGUCCUAUACAUGUACAACAUGUACCUUAGAAAGAGAGCGGCCUACGCGAAGCUGAAGAGACGACAGGUCAUGCUGAAUGCAAAGCGCAUGGAAUUCAUGAUGUCGUCCUUUAUUGGAAUAUUUUAUCGGCAUUGCAAAUUUCUGAGACGGUUCUUGGUCCGGCGUUGCUUGGUCUGCAACUCCAGGGAGACCACAGACUCCUAUGUGUGUCGGACGCCGGACUGCGAUGCAGUGUAUUGCCGCCAGUGCUGGAAGGACAUGGACAGGUACUGUUUUGCUUGCAUGCCUAAGGACGAAUUUAUAUCGGACGCCAGCGAAAGUGACUAUGAAUUUAAGGAGUAUUAAGGAUGCCGCUACAAACCGCCAGGAGCCCGAGGAUUAGAAGACAGCAGGGACAGAAGAACACACAUCUGUAUCCUGGAGGAUACGCUUCAGAUGUGUGCAACUUGGGCAGCCAUCGGGGGGUGGGAAUGAGGGGGUACAAUGGGCCCAGCCUUUGCUAUGGUCCUAA